GUGUGGUGUGUAUGUAAAGCACCACAUGGUUUGCGACUUAAAUGGUGUACAAUUGAACGUUGUGCAAUUGAAUGGUGUGCAAUUGAACGGUGUGCAACUGAAUGGUGCGCAAUUGAACGGUGUGCAAUGUUUCGUGUCUAAUAGCACGGUGGACAAUUGCAACGUGUCCAAUUGUACUGUGCGCAAAUGAAGGCCUCUUGUCCCUCUCCACUCAGGGAUUCACAACCGGCGCCUUCGAGGCCGAGCGACAUUUCAGUAGGUGAUCUUACGUCCGACGGAAGGGCUUCAUCAAAGCUCCCGCCUGUGAAAGCUGUACAGCUUUUACUCGAUCCGGCUGUUUCGACACAGGUUGAGAAAGAUACGCAGAGGUUUGCUAAUAAGCUCUUUGGCCCGGAAUUAGCAGAAUCAAACACAGUUCCUUGGAAUGAAUUAAUCUCUCGGAAGUGGCUAGAGGUCACGCGCAAGGUCCUGUCGCCGGACAGCCGAGACCUGCUUAAGAGAUACAUUCCAUCGGACCCUCUGGAAUUUCUCAGAGCGCUUAAGUUAAAUUCAGAAAUUAAAUCAGCCCUUCGAAGUAACGCUAUCAUCAAGCGUGAUGAACAUUACGCCAAAGAUCAGGGGCAAGCAAGGAUCGCUGUGCGCCCUUGGAGAAGCCUUAUCAGAUUUUCUGAAACCACAGGUACAACAAUCUCUUGAUGCCGAAGCACGCCAUGUGGUCACAAAGGUGAGCGAGGCUGCUAAGAUCCUGGCAGAUUUUUUUAUCGCCUAUCGGUAUCCAGAAGAAAUCCUGACAGCUCUCAACCUCGUUGCCAAGAAUGUGGUCGAGGCCACCCGGUAGAUCAUUUUCUUUUUUGCGCCUUCUUUGGCGAGGAUUUUAAGAAGGCGUCCGCUAUAGAAAAGUCGUCGAGGGAUAUCGCCAGGGCAUCGGUGCUGACAAUUGCCAAAAAGGUAUAGUAGCCUGUUAAGCCGCCCAGCCGCACAGCUCCCCCGACUUCGGGAAACUUCCGAGUCCCUGCCCCGCGAGCCAGGCCGACAACAAGGAGGGCAGGGACAUCGAGCGGCCAUCGUUGACCGACCCAUUGCUCCAGAUCGCGCUUGAGGAGGCGAUAAAUGACGAGCAGAUAAAGAUCGCUGACAGACUUUUCUUUUUUCUUCCUCAAUGGAAGAAAAUUACUUCCGACACAAGGAUUUUGCAAGCAAUCAUAGGCUACAGACUUCCCUUCAGGUCCCACCCUCCUGUCCAGGUGAGAGAACCCUCAGGGCAUUUCUCAAGCGAGGAGGAACAAAUCUGCUCCCUCGAGUUGGUUAGACUCUGUGAGAGAGAUGCGAUUGAGGCGGUCGCAGACUGUGAGGAGCAAUUUUUUUCAUCGUAUUUUGUUAUUAAAAAUCUUCCGGUGGAUGGAGAUUGAUUUUGAACUUAAAACAACUUAAUAAAUUUAUUGUAGCUCCACACCUCAAAUGGAGAAUUGAAAGACUGUGGUUCGCCUUUUCUCACCGGGAGAUUUUUUGGCUUUUUUAGAUCUAGAAGAUGCCUAUCUUUUACCGAUUCAUCAGGACGACAGAAAGUUUCUUCGUUUCCGUUUCCGAAACCAACUCUUCCAGUUCACAGGUCUUCCUUUUGGACUGUCUUCCGCCCCAUUUAUAUUUACAAAGAUUUUGAAGCCGGCAAUUUAUUUUCUCCGGGAGAAAGUAUUUUUUCCCGUAAAUUACCUAAACGAUUUUCUGCUGAUUGCUCAGUCCUACGAGCAAUGUCUUGAGAACAUUGCUACAACAAGAAAUUUAUUAUCAUCUUUAGAUUUUAUUAUUAAUAAACAGAAAAGCGCCCUGACACGAACAAGAUCUUGUCGAUUUUUAGGCUUUAAUUUCGAUACAAACUAUUUUUCAAUUUCGAUUCCGGCAAACAGGAGAAGCAGGCUCCUCCAGAUGACAGAGGAAUUCUCGAACAAAAAAUGUUGCAAGAUUCGAGCCUUUGCGAGCUUCAUUGACUUACUGGUGUCUGUCUACCCAGCCGUACAAUAUGGUAUGCUACAUACCAAGAUAUCGGAACGAGGAAAAUACCUGGCCCUUACAGCAGUUAAUGAGAAUCUCGUUUUUACAGAAGACCGACAAUCGAGAGUACUUCUUUCCAAUCGGUGAUCUUGGGCUCUCAUUAACUGAGCGGAUUCAGCGUAACACUUAGUUUGUCUUAGUUAAAUUGGCAAUGUUCAAAAUUUGUUUCUUAGCCGAAUAGUGACGUCACUCGCUCGUAUUUGGUCCAAAUUGCAAAAAAAA